AUGCAGUGGCUGGCAAACGUGUGCAGCGGCCUGGCCGGCCUGUUUGCAGCCCAGCCACGAGCACCCGCACCCGGCACAAAUGAGCACCUGGAAUUGCGGGUGCAAGUGCGUCGAGAGUUCCUAGCGGAGCGAGCGAAACCGCCAGAACAGCGAGACGUGGAGCGCGCGCUCCAGCUGCGCAUCCAGGAGCUGCGGCUCGGCAUUGAGGACUGCGAGCAGGCGCGAGAGGAGCUGAGCGCGGCCCUGGAGCGGCGCCCAGCCAGGGUUGUGGCGCUGUCACGCCUGGAGCUCCCUGAGAGGGUGGUGCAGGAGAUGCGGCGUGUGCCGGCCAUGGACCUGUGUGCGGCCUGCCACAGAAAACUGGAAGCGGCUGAAGCCAGGGAGGAGCUACUGAUAAAGUGGGGGCAAGACCUCGCCGACGAUUACCGCAGGGUAGGCCUGCUGCGUGAGCAGCAGGCAGGCACAACAGCAGCCCCGGUGGUACCACAACAACAGCAGGAGCCACCCGUUGUAGGAGCAGUGGCGCCGGCGCCCAAACAGCAGCAGCAGCAGCAGGAGCAGCAGCAGGGGGCGCCGGCCUCAGACACGCCCACAGGCGUGCUGGACAUGCAGCAGCGCCUCCAGCUGCGCGGGUCGUCGUCGGAGGAGCACGAGGUGGAGGAGGCGGCUGGCGGCGAGCAGGCGGCGGCGGGCGGCGAGCAAGUGGCUGCGCUGCAGGCAGCACAGGCGCCGCUGCUGCACUCGCGGCGCCGGCGCCAGGACGCUGCUGGUGCGUUUUGA